CUAGGUGCCUUUCCUACCUCAGCUGUCUAUGCAAGAAAGGACUUGCUACAAAGAUCUACCCACAUUGCUACCAAGACGUUCCAAGCUCUUCGCAUCUUUGUGAACAAUGAGCUCAAUGAACUCUAUACGGGACUGAAAACAGCACAGAAAUUUCUGAAAACUGGUGGUCGUCUUGUUGCGCUUUCCUUCCAUUCUUUAGAAGAUCGCAUUGUCAAACGAUUUUUGCUUGGGAUAAGUAUGACAGAAAGAUUUAACCUCAGCAUCAGACAGAAGGUAAGGCAAACUGCACGGCUGGAUUCAGAUCAUGAGAGUGAGGGGAGCAGCUCUGGAAGAGCUCCUCUGAUGUGGGAUCUGAUUCACAAGAAGGUGCUUACCCCAGAAGAUGAAGAUGUCCAAGAUAACCCCAGAGGGCGCUCAGCCAAGCUCAGGGCGGCUAUCAAAUUAUGAGGAUCUUAUCAUCAAAGUUUCCUUCUAUACUUCUAAUAUUUUUCUAAUUGAAAACCUUGUUUCUGAACAGUUUAAUGCAAUGUAAAGUAUGGGGCAGCCUGGAAAUUAGUGGUAUUUAGUAUUUUUAUCUCUAAGGAUAAUAAAGGAAGUUUUAACAUGACAUAAAACUUUCACUCAGAGAGCAGAGAGUCUCAAAACUGUAAGCACUUGUUGAUCUCUGCAUUGCAUUUGAAUUAUAAAAUUCAAUUCUUUCUUUAAUGAGGAAAUGGAAAGACUAUGACAUUGUAUUAAUUUAGGUUUGUAAACUCAAGCUGUCAAAAGAAAGAUAAUCAUAUUUGUAUGAUGGAGGAAGGACAUUGGUUAAUUAUAAUAAAGAAACUGCCUUGGCCCAUUUUAUUGGUUAGAACAUAGGUGGGUGGAGUAAACA